AUGCGAGAGCAUAAUCUGUUCGAAAACCUCAAGAAGUGUAUAUUCGCAGCGAACGAAAUACCACUUCUUGGCUGCAUCGUGGGUAAAAAUGGCGUACGCCCUGAUCCAGAAAAGAUCAAGGCGAUUAGCGGCUGGCCUGUGCCAGUCGACGUCAAGGAACUUCGAAAAAUCCUUGGCUUGGCGGCGUACUUGCACAAGUACUCGCACAACUACGCCGAGAUGACCGUACAUCUCUUCCGUCUAUUAAAGAAAAACGAGAGGUGGUCAUGGAGCGCUGAGUGUCAGCACUCUUCUGAAGGCAUCAAGAAAAGCUUGAUACAAGUGCCUGUGUUGGCGAUUGCGGAACAAGACAGACCAUUCCAUGUGGUCUGUGACGCCAGCGAUUUUGCAAUUGGCUGCACGUUAAUGCAGCACGACUCAGACGGCGUUGAAGGCGUCGUCUGUUAUCAAUCGCGUCAGCUGUAA